AGGUGUCUACAGCUAGAACCAUACAAUGAAGUGUGCCAGUACAUGAAAGGUCUCAGCCAUGUUGCAAUGGGACAGUUUUACGAAGGCAUAAAAGCUCAGACUAAAGUUAUGUUAAAUGAUCCGCUACCGGGUCAGAAGGCCAGCCCAGAAUAUCUGAAAGUGAAAUACCUCCGAGAGUAUUCUAGAUACUUGCAUGCGCAUUUGGAUAUCCCUCUUACAGAGUAUAAUAUUGAUCUAGAUCUUCCUGGAAAUUUCAAGGACCACUGGGCCAAAAAUCUUCCUUUUCUUAUAGAAAAUUAUGAAGAACAGCCAGGGUUACAGCCACAUAUAAAGGAUGUGUUAUUUCAAAACUUUGAAAGCUAUAAGCCUGGUGUGCAAGAACUUGUAUGUGUAGCUGAUCAUCUGGGUUCCAUGAUGCAGUAUGAGACACCAGGAUUUCUUCCAAAUAAAAGAAUACACAGAGCAAUGGGACUGGCCACUCUAGAAGUAAUGCAAGCAGUGCAGCGGACUUGGGCAAACUCAAAAGUUCGGAUGAAUGGGAAAACCAGACUGAUGCAGUGGAGAGAUAUGUUUGAUAUUGCUGUGAAGUGGCGAAGGAUAGCUGACCCUGACCAGCCUGUGCUUUGGUUGGACCAAAUGCCUGCCCGAAGCCUUAGCAGAGGUUUCAAUAAUCACAUUAACUUAAUCAGGGGACAGGUCAUUAAUAUGCGGUACCUGGAAUAUUUUGAGAAAAUUCUUCAUUUUAUCAAAGACAGGAUCCUUGUUUAUCAUGGUGCUAAUAAUCCAAAAGGACUACUAGAGGUUCGAGAAGCUUUGGAAAAGGUACAUAAAGUAGAAGAUCUUCUUCCCAUAAUGAAGCAGUUUAACAGUAAAACAAGAGAUGGAUUUACUGUGAACACAAAAGUCCCCAGCCUCAAAGAUCAAGGGAAAGAAUAUGAUGGAUUCACAAUUACAAUAACAGGAGAUAAAGUGGGGAAUAUAUUAUUUUCAGUAGAAACUCAGACAACAGAAGAGAGAACACAGCUGUAUCAUGCAGAAAUAGAUGCGCUAUAUAAGGAUCUAACAGCUAAAGGAAAAAUUCUAAUUCUGUCUGCAGAGCUAGGGGAAGUAGAUGCUGUUUGCAACUUGAUCCUGUCAUUAGUUUAUUACUUCUAUAAUUUAAUGCCACUUUCAAGAGGAUCUAGUGUGAUAGCUUAUUCCGUGAUCAUGGGAGCACUAAUGGCAAGUGGAAAAGAAGUAUCAGGAAAAAUCCCUAAAGGAAAGCUGGUUGAUUUUGAAGCAAUGACAGCACCAGGGUCUGAAGCUUUUAGCAAAAUAGCAAGAAGUUGGAUGAAUCUAAAAAGUAUUUCACCUUCUUACAAGAGCCUACCAUCAGUAUCAGAGACUUUUCCAACCCUGAGAACGAUGAUUGAAGUACUAAAUACAGAUUCAUCUCAUUGUCUAAAAAAAACUAUAGUUGUUGUAUAAUUUAUACAAAUAAAA